UUAUUUUCGUUUUUUUAGCUGUCAAUGUCGGCAAACAAUGUCGCUUGUGGCAGAUUAUAGCGACUCCUCCGAAUCCGACGAGGAUAGCAGCAAAGGAUCCGAAAGCGAACAGAUAAAUGGCACGCCGCCAACCGAGAAGCUGCCGCCAAAGUUGCCGAGCGCGAACCAGGCGCUGGGCCAAGCAGGCGGCAAGAAGACGGGCGAGGUGUUCUCCAAUCCAUUUCUAGAGGCGGAGCUGCAAAAGACAGCGUCCCUGGAGCGGCACGUUAAAAUGGUCAACAAUGACACACAUUUGCAGCUAAAGAAUGGACGCAAGAUAUGCUGGAACUUCAGGAAAGGACGAUGUCGUUUUGGAACAAGCUGCCAAUACGCCCAUGACUCUGAUUUGGCGAUGACGGAAGAGACUCCUCCAAAAAAUAGUUUUGAGCCAGUCCAGGCAGUCCAGGUGGUGAAAGAUACUGGAAAUACCAACACGCGCAAACGUCCCGGCCUGGGUGAUGGCUUGGAGCCAGGCAAACGAGUAAUGAAGUCGUACCAGAAGCAACACCCGUCUGGCCGCCGUUAAACCAGUCCA